AUGAAAUUUUAUCUGUUAUUAUUACUGAUUGGCUUAGCAGCCGAAGUGACUUUAUCGGCUAAAUUACUGGCAAGAAGUUCGAGAGAAUUGACAUUUCGAGAAAAUCGACGAUACAAACGUUUAGUUAAACGACAAUUGCAAGGUGAACAAAUUUCAUUUUGUACUUGAUAGU